CCGGACUACAAGUCCCAGCGGCCGCUCUGCGCAGCCAGGAAGCGGGAGCGACCGGUGCGCUCGGCAGGUGCGGGCAAAGUUGUCUGCGGUCGGGAAGGUGAGCGGGCCGCGGCUCCUCCGGACCAAAUGGUGCCAAUAUGAAUGCAGGAGGGACUGGCGCAGAUGAAGCGUUUGACUAUCUCUUUAAAAUCGUGCUCAUCGGUGAUUCCAAUAUCGGCAAGACCUGUGUGGUACAUCGUUUCAAAUCUGGAGUCUUCCUUGAGAAACAGCAGAAUACCAUUGGAGUGGACUUCAUCGUUAAAACAAUGGACAUUGAAGGCAAGAAAGUGAAGGUGCAGGUGUGGGACACCGCAGGGCAAGAGCGGUUCCGGACCAUCACGCAGAGCUACUAUCGGAGUGCUCAUGGAGCCAUGAUCGCCUAUGACAUCACCAAGCAGUCCUCCUUUAACUCAGUGCCGCACUGGGUCAAUGAGAUCCAGCGAUAUGGAGCAGCAAAUGUUGUCCAGUUAUUGAUCGGAAACAAAGCUGAUCUGGGGGAGAAGCGCGAGGUUCCAUUCGAGGAGGCCUGCAAUGUGGCUGAAAAGUUUGGCCUGUUGGCUGUGCUGGAGACGUCGGCCAAAGAGGCGCAGAAUGUUGAUGAAGCUUUUCUGCUGUUGACUCGAGAGCUGCUGGCGAGGAAUGGGCUACACUUGUCCAGCGAAAGCAGCCGGAGUACACUCCACCUGGAUUCUCGGCCCGUCAGUACGAGUGCACCCACUGAGAAAAGUUCCUGCUCCUGUUGAGCAUCGUUAUCUGCAGUUAGCUGAGUUUGAACCAUCCUGUAAUAUAGUUGGAGCCCACAAGUCAACUCCUGCAACGUAAUAGCCUUGAGUGAUGUCCUUGUUCUCCUGGAGCAGUUUGCAGGGGACUUCACCAAACAUUAUUGAGAUGUGAACUAGACUGGAGCUGUGCAGUCCUUGUGAAAUCUGGUGUUUGUUCCCUCUCUUGAAGACAGUGCUUCUGAUUAAAAUGUUUGUCAUCAGUGCCCAAGGUUUGCUGUUAAUCACCCUGUAGAGGUGGAACUUUAGCUACAGCUGCCCACGUGCCUUUCAUACAGAUGUCCUUUUAGAGUGAAAUGUAUUCCACAAAACAAGAUUGCUGCUGUGGGGUGGAAUGUUCAAGUAAAGCCAGAGUGGCCCACCUGUAGGGUCUCAGAUGUUUUCUUGGGCAAGUCUUGGCUCAUCUGGUACCAUUUCUGCCUUUGAGUCAAAAGGUUGUGGACUCAAGGACCACUCUGGAGACUUCAGCUCCCAAUUCACUGCACUGCUGGAGAUAUAUCCUUUGGAUGAAAACUUAAAUUAUGUUCUCAGCUGAAUAUUUGUUGGAAUAGAGCAGGGGAGUACUUGUGCGCUGCCUGAUGCUUAUUCCUCAAACAGAAACAGAGGGAGCCUUCUGCAGUCACUUCUGUACUACCUGUCAAUGAAACAUUCCUUCAGUACUGCACAGAUUAUGUUCAGAUCUCCAGAGUGGGGCCUGAAUCCACAAUCUUGAACUGAGGUGAGAUGUAACUAUUCUUCUCCUUAGGCAGUCCCUCGGGGUUGAGGAUGACUCGCUUCCCCUCCAGCUCUGUGUGUUGUGAGGUGACGUGCAGAAUCCACAGACUUGCCUGAAGACAGGGUAGUUUGGAUCAUUGUGUGAACCUCCUGCUGUUUACACCUGGCCUCCUGCUCCUGGAGGGACUUGGAAAUACUCCUUGCCUUUCCGAUGCUUGAGCAGUCCUGGGACAGGGAUUCCCAUGAGUUCCACCCCCCCCCCCCACCCCCCCAACGUCCACAUCCUGCAACCAGAAGGUCAGUUCCAGCAGGCGUUUUCUAUUCUCCUUUUCAAAUCCUCUUUAUAAAACACAGACUAGAAUGGUCCAUGGUAUCCCCAAGUGUGGUUCACCCUAUGCUACAUAUCUGCCUUUGAAUUCUUUUCUUCCAGAAACGAAUCUAGAAACUGUUUGGAUUUCUGACAGAUUUAUUAACUUGCAAGGCUACUUUUCAUUAUUUGUAUUUCAUUUGUAUUUCAUUCCCCUCAACUCCCUCCAGUCCUUCAACUAAUGAACUUAAAUUGGUGCCUUUGGACUUGGCAGAAGUUGACACCCAGUCUAGAUCUUCAAUAUGUUUACGCUAUUUAAUCUCUCCUCCUUUUCUUUUAAUCCAAAUAAAACAAUGCUAGUGUGGUGACCAGAAUUGUACAUUGUAGCUAUGACCUAAAUACAGUUCAUACAAUUCUAAUAUUCUUUGCUUAGGCCAAUUACAGGCAGAGGCAUAUGGAAUUUUUGUCUACCUAUCCUGUUAACUUCAUGGGUUUACGGACAUGCACUCCAAGUUCCCUAUAGUUCAAUAUGCACAACAGCCAAAAUAAGAUGGAAAGCAAUAGUUCAUAGUAAUGGAACAAUAUAUAAUAGGGAUAUAUAAUAUCCUUGUGGCGACUCACCGUCUAGUCGGGCGAACCGGCUUGUCAGUCGGGUCGCGCGGUGUCGGAGCGACGAGGCCCAAGAUGGCGGCGGGCCUCGUCUUUCCGAGCGACGGGGAGAACCCGCGCGCGGGAAAGUCCUGAUGACGUAGGACUUACAUCAUUGCCGGUUUUUUGGGCAGGAGUUUUCUCCCUUAAAGGGCCCGCGCAAGGCGGGAAAAUAAACCAGUUCUG